CAGUUACGUUUCAUUUCUCAAUACUCAUACCAACCAACCCAACGGACAUUUUCAAAUCUAUUCUAACACUAACGAAACCGACUCAACAUUUCAAAACUGCAUUCAACAUUUUCAUAACACUCUCUCUCUCUCUCACUGAAUUUCUUUUCAAAAGGAUCAUCAUUAGGAAAAAGCAACAUCAACAACAACAACAACAACGUUGGUUCCUUUCAUCAAGUUGAUCACUUGGAGCAUCACUUCGUGACAAAAAAGUUUAAUCCUUUCAGAAAUUUACUCAUUUCUUGAAUCUUUCCAAAAAAGGGUGGGGUUUUGAGAAACGUUGCAAAGAUGAAUGACUUGAUGACAAAAUCGUUUCUAAGUUAUGUAGAAUUGAAGAAACAGGCACAGAAGGAUUUUCAACAAGAUCCUGACAUUGAACUAGGGAACCUCAACCCAACACAAGACCCUAAUCUCUCUCAGUUCUUCCAAGAAGUUGAAGCAAUCAAGGUUGAAAUGGAAGAGAUCACCAAUCUCUUAUCAGAUCUUCAGCAACUGAAUGAAGAGACAAAAUCAACUCACAGUGCAAAAGUUUUACGUGGGCUAAGAGACCGAAUGGAUUCCGAUAUGGUUGCCGUGCUUCGCAAGGCAAAUGUAAUCAAGGCAAGGUUAGAGGCUCUUCAAAAAUCAAACAUCGCGAAUCGAAGCAUGUCAGAAUGCUACAGAGAAGGAAGCCCUAUUGAUAGAACAAGAGUGUCUGUCACAAGUGGUUUGAAGGUCAAGCUUAGGGACAUGAUGAAUGAUUUUCAGUCUUUAAGGGACAAGAUUGUGUCGGAUCAUAAGGAAGAUUUGAAGAGAAGGUACUAUACUGUAAUGGGGGAGGUACCUAGCGAUGAGGUUAUGGAGAAGAUGAUAUCGGGGAGUCUCAAAGUUGAGUUUUUGGCUGGGAAAACGGAUGCUGAUAUGGGUACUCAGGUUAGGCACGAGGCGGUGAUGGAUAUUCAGAGGAGUUUGAAUAAGCUUCAUCAGGUUUUUCUUGAUAUGGCUAUUUUGGUUGAGACUCAAGGAGAAAAAGUGGAUAACAUUGAAGAUAAUGUGGUGAAUGCUGGUCACUACAUUCAUGGUGGAACUAAUAAUCUUUAUUAUGCAAGCCAGUUGAAGAAGAGGAACAGGAAAUGGAUCUAUUGGGUAAUAGCUGUUUUGUUGAUUGUAGUGCUGGUGUGUAUCAUUGCAAUGGUGUCUUCUUGAAUGUUUGAGGAAGUUGUUUAGAGUUUUAAGACUGUGUAAAGCUGUUUUUCUCUUCCUCUAUAGAGUUUCAAGAGUUUUUUGUUUGUUGGGAAAUGUUCUGUUAAUUGGUUCAAAUUUGUUCACUUGAACUAAAUU